UUUCUGAGAUCAGGUCUUUGCAAGGUGCAAUGCUUACGGCUAAAAAUAUUUACCAGGAUAACGACAACCUAGGCAAUAUGUAGGAGUUGAUAGAUUACUUAAUUAUGGGUCUUAGAGAGUCAAAACUGAGCUUCCUAGCCUACGAGGAAGCGACCAAGAGAGUUACGGACGAUGAAAUGCAACGCCUGAGACUGGCGUUCAAACGCUGUUCUGGUGUGAGUGGAUUUAUGCCUCAACCGGUCUUUGCCCGUGAAGUGCUUGGUGAUGGUGUUCCGAGCAAAGUGGCUGACCAAAUUUACUUAGCAUUUGGUGGUACAAACAAGGGUAUAACGUUUCGAGAUUUGCUAUGUGGUCUUGUACUGCUGACUCGAGGCACACGUGAAGAAAAGAUAAAAUUUAUUUUCAAUAUUUAUUCUACCGACGGAGCGUUCGUGUACAAAGAUAACAUGGAGAGUUUAAUUUUGGCGUGCGAUGGAGGCAAUAUUCCUCAAGCGGUUAUAGAGUGCUUUUCUCAGUGUGAUCGACUGACAUAUGAAGAUUUCUCCAGUUGGUUGUUAAAGAAUCCAGAUGUGACCACGCUUACCAGGUGGCUGCUUAUUGUCAGUAAUGGCUGCAGUAUUCAGUUGACGGAUAGCAGCGAGACACCAACAUUUUACCAGACACUUUCUAGUGUAACCCACUUACAAGAGACAGAUAUCAUGGAACUAGAGAAGAGGUAUUGGACCUUAAAGUCUGCGACAAAAACUGGCAAAUUUGAUUUGGAAACAUUCACUCCUCUAGUGUCACCACCAAUUCCACAGUGUUUAUGUCAAGGGCUUUUUAAUGCUUUUGAUGAAAAUCAAGAUGGUCAUAUUGAUUUUCGUGAGUUAGCGUGUGGUAUCUCUAAGUGCUGUAGAGGACCUAAUGCUGAAAGGCAAAAGUUUUGCUUUAUGGUAUUUGAUUCUGAUGGAGAUGGUUUCCUAUCAAGAAGUGAAAUUGAAGUUAUGUGUAAGGCUCUCACUGAAAUCAGAAAAGAAAAUGCUGGAGAAAAGGAUACAAGUGCUAUUUGGGACAAGGAUGUUUCAUUAAUGGCAACUGAAAUCUUGAGUGACUGUAGCAAGGAGGAGGGUGGUCAGAUCAGUUUAGAAGAAUACAAAGAAUGGGCUUCAACACGUAGAUUUUCUCAUUUGUUCCCUAAGUUGUUGGUGCAGGUUUGUCACAUUGUCCUGGGUCUAAAACCAGUCACUAGAGAAGUUGAACUUCAAGUUGUAAGAGGUUGGCUCGAGCGUGAGUACCAGCAUGAACUCAAACCAGGCAGUAUCUGGUAUCUGGUUGCUAUAUCUUGGUGGCGAAUCUGGAAAGAAUAUGUCAGUUACCAGCCUUACAUCAGAAGAUCGUCAACUGGUAACUUGCGGAAGAAUGGUACUCUACCAUCAAGACUGAAUCAAGUACAUCAGACAUCUUCUGGCAACCCAGGACAAGCCUGGAGUAGUGACUCAAGUUUAAAAACAAGAUCCCUGGGACGACGUGAAUCCCAUCCUAUGUACAACCAUUCUGGUAACAAAUCAGUAAGUCCAUCUGGUGCAAUGAAUGGUCACUGUUCACAGGGAGUGGCAUGCAAUACUCAAGUGCCUGGUCCUGUUGAUAAUGUACCACUUGUAGAACCUGAGACAAGGAAGGUGAUGAUUUUAACUGGGGAAGGAGGAAAGCUGAAACGGAGCAUUCCUUUGUGCAGAGGAAGAGACUUUGAAAUCAUACCUGAGCCUGUGUGGAGAGCUCUUCAGCAGUGGUAUGGAGGAGGACCAGGUCUUCCAAGAACGGUCAUUACUCCUACUAAUGGUGAUCCAACUCCAGAGUUAGAGUUGUAUCCAAUCAGCCUGCGACUGUUCCGCCAUGCCCCUCCCCCCACAAGAGGUGGCAUCACAACUUGGACUGGGGUAGGAUUUGGACUGAGUACAUUUGGGUUUGGUACUAAUUCUCUUACCACUCCUCAUGCCCCUCCCAAGAGGUACCUGGCUUAUGUGGCAUCAUUUAGUCGAAUGAACACCAUACAGCAGGUUUAUGAUUAUCUUUGUGCAAGACUCAGAAUUCGAAUGGAAGAUUUGAGGCUCUGGAGUAUGGAGGAUGAGAAUAAAUUGAGGCUUUUAGAGGAGGAUAAUUCAUCACUGGAAAAGUUGGAAAUCACAGACAACCAUCCUGUACUUAUUGAAGUUCGCAAUAGAGAUAUGAGUUGGCCAGAAGAGAUGUCAUCUUUAGCAAACAACAGAAGUCUGAGAGAGAAACUUAAUCUAGAACCAACUGAAAAAGGAGCCACAGGACUGAGCAACUUGGGCAACACAUGCUUCAUGAACUCUGCACUGCAGUGUCUCAGUAAUACGCAGCCCCUCACACAGUAUUUCACUACCAAGUGCCAUUUAUAUGAACUAAACAGGACAAACCCCUUAGGUAUGAAAGGGCACAUUGCACGUCGUUAUGGAGACCUUACUCAAGAUUUGUGGAGUGGCAGUUCUCGCAGCCUGGCACCUUUGAAACUGAGGUGGACAAUAGGAAGAUAUGCACCAAGAUUUAAUGGAUUUCAGCAACAUGACUCUCAGGAAUUCUUGUCAUUUCUCUUGGACGGUUUACAUGAGGACUUAAACAGAGUUCAUCUCAAGCCUUAUGUGGAACUCAAGGACAGUGAUGGUAGACCAGAUGAGGAAGUAGCACAUGAGGCCUGGGAUAACCAUUUGAAGAGGAAUCGGUCAGUUGUUGUGGAUUUGUUUCAAGGCCAGCUGAAGUCUCAAGUCAGGUGCUUGGAGUGUGGUUAUGUCAGUGUCCGCUUUGAUCCAUUCACAUUCCUCUCCUUACCUCUACCUAUGGACAAUUCGGUGUAUGUGGAAGUUAUUGUUGUUCACCUAGAGGGCUCAACCCCCACAAAGUAUGGUUUGCUGCUAAAUAAUGAUGACCGGUACAAAGAUGUGAAGAGAGAACUGUCCAAGUAUUGUGGGCUGGUUUGCUCACAGCUUCUCUUGGUCGAGAUAUUUGGAGCCUCUGUUAAGAGUCUACCAUCUGAUAUGCAGAAGAUUCGUUCUGCUCUAGCUGGGCUGCUUUAUGCUUACGAAAUCCCUCUACCAACGAUAACUUGUGAGGAUGAGUGCAACUCCUCAACAGCUCCAAGCACAGUUGAGGAGGAAAAGGCUGUCUGUAAUUCUUCAGAGUCUGAUCAACAAUGUUGUGCUGCAAACCAAAACACUAACUGUCAAACAGCUGCAGCUGUGUGCAAUGAGGAGUCAAACAGUGAUGAUACGGAGAGAAAGGGCAGCAAAUCUUCAGGAACAAAUUCUGAAAACAGCUCAGAAGACAAUGAAACACGGCUACGAGUACAAGAUGACUGGUUUGCAGAAGGAAAAAAGAACAAAAAGAAAGGUUCUUCAAGUCCAAUUAAGAGAUUGAGCCCAAAACUACGGAGAAGAAUAAGCCCCAAAUUCGGUGUAGGGGGAUUUAGUUUAACUGCAACUUUGAGCCGGAAGUCCUCUUCAUCAUCCUCAUCAAUUGAAUUAACUGAAGGUCAUUUUGUUUCAAAUUCUGAUUCUGGAAUCAGUUUAAGUGUGGAAAAUUCUCCAAACCAUAAAACUCUGUCUGUGCCUGGAAAUGUGGAUGUGAGUUCCAGGAAUUCUAGUCUGUGUUCAACUCCGACAGCUGGUCCCUCACCAUAUUUGGGUUGUUGUUUCAGUGGAUUCGUUGUUGCAAUGCACAGGAAAACAAUUCGUUUAGACGCGUAUUUCCUGUCACCUCAAAAGAACCGCCCUGGUUUAUUUGGAAUUCCUAUAAUUGUACCAUGCUCCUCCAAAACCAGACAAUGUGAACUGUAUGAAGGAGUCUGGACACAAGUGGCCAGGCUGCUCAGCCCACCAGCACCAGGGGAUACAAAUUGUAAAGAUGGGGAUGCUGGUGAUUUUCCUUUUGAACUGCGGGCGGUUCAGAAGGAUGGUCUUACGUGCGCGUGGUGUCCGUGGUACAGGUUCUGUCAUGGUUGUGUGAUAAAAUGCAGUGAACAAGAAUUUGGCAGCAACAGCAGUUCAUACAUCGCUAUUGAGUGGGAUCCCACCACACUGCAUCUGAGAUAUCAAAGUUCGCAGGAGAAAAUAUCAACUGAGCAUGAGAGUGUGGAGAGAAGCAGAAAACAGCAAACAGAGCCCAUUGACUUGUAUGAAUGUUUUAGAGCAUUUACAAAGGAGGAGGAACUUGGAGAAGAUGAAUUAUGGUAUUGCAACAAAUGCAAGAAACACAGAUUGGCAGUAAAGAAGCUGGAUAUCUGGAGCUUGCCUCCUAUUCUCGUCAUCCAUUUGAAACGGUUUCAGUUUGUUAACGGUCACUGGGUUAAAUCUAAUAAAAUUGUGCAGUUUCCUAUGGAAGGGUUUGAUCCUUCAGCAUUCUUGGCCAAGCGAUCCUCAUCAACAACUAGCUCAAGUGACUGGACUGGAGUCACCACAGUGAACGUAAAGAGUAGCGAGGAACAAGAAGAUAUCGAGGAGGAGACUGGAGAGAACAGACAACCAACGCCCCGCCAGGGGAGUGAGGAGUCCUCCUCUCAGAGUUCGGCCGGGGAACUAAGUUCAAGUCAGGUUGAACUCAACCACACUAGCAAACCUCCCUCGCGCCAGUCUUCUUGUUUAAGCCUUAACUCGGCCAAGGUUCACCCGGAAGUGACACCGGAAAUUAAGUCUGCUGGUUCUCCUGUAGAAAGUGUCACUGCUGCUGAUAUCACGGGCUCGGAUUCUGCAGAUGAGCGGAGAGGUCAUAGUGGGAGUGUCGGAGGAGCUCUUGCGGCUGCAAGGAGUGAAGGAUCGCAGACUGAAACACCGACCUACAGAAUUUACGCUAUGUCGUGUCACACAGGAGUGUUGGGUGGAGGACACUACAUCUCAUACGCUCACAAUCCAAACAACAGAUGGUAUUGUUACAAUGACAGCAGCUGCAAGGAAUGUGACAGCACCAAGCUUCAAAAAGAUUCGCCGUACAUGUUGUUUUAUGAGCAAGACGGGCUGGAUGAACGAUCAUUUCUUCCCAAUUUCACUGGUCAAACCCCAGACUCGGCGAGUGACGACGAGGAAUAUGAAAACGAUGUCAGGAGACUUUGUAUCGUACAGUAAAAGCACGGACAGAAAUAAUUUAAAUGCAUUUUUUGUAUUGAAACUUACAUGCAAUGAAUACUUGUGCAAGCGUAAAUUAUCACAAAUGCUGUAAAUAUAUCAAUAUGGAAAUUUUUAUUUUUAAAUUCCCGUAUAUUGCGAAUUAUGAAAUUAUUAGUGUAGGUUUAACCGUUAUUUCUUUCUGUUUUUCGUUCGAGUGUCGUGGUGUAAGCUCGACGCAUUCUACCGAUAAACAGUCAUCCCAUGAACAGCUUAGUGAGGGGGGAGGGCAGCAAGUACCGACAGGCGUCAUUUGUACAAGUACACUUAGCGGCCAAUACUGGAGUGUGCGCGCAGUUUUCGUUUGGAAGUUUGCAAGGAAGUGAUUGAGCUAUGGCGCCUUGACAACUGUCGGAGGUCUCUCGGGUACUCGUGCCUUUCUUUCAUUGGGUAACAAAAUUCGGAAACUCUACGAUUUACCUCUAAAAACGGCGUUUGUUCCCCUGACAGAACCGCGCUGUCUUCCCUGACAAUUAAACGAGCUUUUUCACUUUUGAAGAGCUUCUAAUUCUCAGUAUAAAACUUAUCUUUGAAAUUCAUUUCGCUGCUUUGUAAUUCUUAUCAGGAGAAGGUUCAAAACCUUUGCCACCUUAAGGUGAUCGGUUUCUCGAUUCUGAUAGUUGCCGGUUUGAUAAGCUAAGAAGACCACCUUUGAUCUUUGAUGUAAUUUUGCAUUAACAUGGGGCAAUUUUUCAUCUUGCCUAAGCUGUAUUUGUUUACAGAUGAAUAUCUGUUGUUGGUAUCUGUUGUUGUCUGUUUUUGUCAUCUGUUGUUGUUUUCAGCGUGAUACCUACCAUUAACUUGAAUUUACUAUAUACUAAGGUGUGAACUUUCUUAAACAAGCCUUGAGGGGGUUAAUUUGUUAUUUUCAGCAGGAAUUAUUAUUAUUGUCUUGUAGGAAGCUUUAUUUCAUUCAGGAUUACAUAGACUCCCAUUAGAACCUCAGUGACUUACGUUUCCAACUCAUUCCCAGGGUCUUUAUUUCUUCCCUUCCCUUUGCUGCGGGGAGGGAAUACGAGAGAGCCUGAGAACGAGAUGUUGAAUGCCGAGUGGAAUCACCCGGAUCUUAUUUUCGCUUGAAGACAUUCUGAUCUUUUAUACAAUCGAUACACUCUCGUGUUACAUGAUCGCACUCACAGCCUCCACAGUUGUAAUUUGGAUUGUCACGCUGGCAGUGGUGUUGCGUUACAUCCAAAUGAUGACUGCGAUGAAGAGCUUCUCUUCCGACCAAACCUCAUUGUCAACAGAUAAAAGUAUUUGUAGCGACACUUUUUAUCCAAUUCCUUCUUUCGCUUUACAGUUACGUACGUGUAGGUUAGUCAUUAUCCCGUGCAAGAGCUGCCCGUACCUUCUUUCAUAUUUCUACAAUGCAUUACUCACUUUGUUAGGUUUAUACUGCAUCGUCCUCUGAACUAACAGCGGUAGAGCUAGACUUGUUUCUCUUGCGAAUAGGGGAGAAGUAAAUAUAGUAAAUUAUAACGUAGAAUAUUGAGUAAAACAACUAGUAUUUCUUUUGAACUCUUGUUUUUCUUCAGUUUAAUGCUGGGUUACUUGGGUUCGCACGUUAUAUAGUUCCUACACAAGGCCGUUUCCACGUGAAGAGAGGAUAAAGAAAGAGAGAGUUAAUUCCCCUUACGCGUGUAAAGCUGGUUGGGCUGACCUCAUGAAUAAAAUCCACGGGAUGGAGGGAUUACUUUGA